ACCGCUCGGGACCGCAGGAAGCCUCGCAGGUUUCUGCUUAACUGAUUGACUAGACAAGAGGCGCUCACCAGGCUGUGCCCUGCACGCUUCCUGUGCCAUACCCAGGCCCAAAUCCACUGAUCCUCCACCCCAGACGUGAGCUGGGGUCUACCUGAGGCUAGUCGUGUGAAGAUGACCAGCUCCUUCCUAACAUGACGACCUUGGACCAUGUGACUGCCACUCACCAGUCGGAGUGGGUCUCCUUCAAUGAGGAGCCGCCCUAUCUUGUCUCUUCUGAUGGCGCCCCCGAAGAGCACCUGGCAGGACUGUCCUCUUCCUCAGACCGGUCCGAGAGCUCCUCUGGGGAGAACCCCCUUGUUGAUGGGGGCUCCCGGGACCUUUCCCCCUCGGAGCAGGAUGACUCCUCAGAGAAGAUAGCCCUAGUCCCUGCAGUGGCUCCCGCUCCUGGGAGCCCCGAGCAGCCCACUCCUGACCUGGCCUCAGCCAUCAGCAACUGGGUUCAGUUCGAAGACGACACGCCCUGGACCAGCACGUCAGCACCUCACAAAGAAACAGCCCCACCGUUGACCAUGCCCUGUUGGACAUGCCCUUCCUUCGACGCCCUGGGGAGAUGCCCUCUAGCAUCCGAGAGCAGCUGGACUACCCAUUCUGAAGACACCAGCAGCCCAAGUUUGGGCCCUUCAUACACAGAUCUGCAGCUCGCCAAUGCUGAGGAUCAGAUGAGUGGCCGGGCUUCUGGGUCUGACUCGACUGACAAUUCCUCCUCACUCCAGGAAGAUGAAGAAGUAGAGAUGGAUGCCGUCAAUUGGCAGGCGAGCAGCCCAACCAUGAACGGGCAUCCUGCCAUUCCAGGGACCUCUGCUCAUUUCCCCAGCUGGGUCACUUUUGAAGAUAAUGAUGUCAGCUGCCCUUUGUCACCGGUCACCUGCCCUCUGAAGCCAAACACACCACCUAUUGCAUCUGCAAUCCCAGAGGUUCAUAAUCAUUCAACGGGGUCUUCUAAGAGGGAACGUCCCAAGAGCACUUUGGUGAACGUCUCUAAAGUCCAGAAGCUGGACAUUUCUUCCUUGAACCGCCCACCUUCCAUAACUGAGGCUCCCCGUUGGAGGGCAACCAACCCAUUUUUGAAUGAGACUCUACAGGAUGUGCAGCCCUCUCCGAUUAACCCUUUUAGCGCUUUCUUUGAGGCGCAAGAGAGACUCUCCCAAAAUAGUUCCAUUUCUAGCACCACAGGCAAAAGCCACAGAGAUUCCCUCAUUGUCAUCUACCAGGAUGCUAUCAGUUUUGAUGACGACCCCAGCAAAAACCAGGCACACUUGAGUGCAGUCGAAAAACUCAAGCAGCUCCAAAUUGAUGAUCCUGACCACUCGGGCAGUGCCAUGUUACCAGACGACGACCCAGUAGCCUGGAUUGAACUAGAUGAUCACCUACCUGCACCAGCACUGUCCCAGCCCAGGGCUGGAUGGCCAAUGAUGUUGAGGAUCCCCGAGAAGAAAAACAUCAUGUCCUCCAGGCACUGGGGCCCCAUCUUCAUCAAACUUACAGAGAGCGGUUAUCUACAGCUGUACUAUGAGCAGGGCCUAGAAAAACCAUUCCGUGAGUUCAAGCUGGAGCUCUGUCAUGAGAUUUCAGAACCUCGGCUCCAGAACUAUGAUGAGAAUGGCAGGAUCCACAGCUUGCGGAUCGAUCGUGUCACCUAUAAAGAGAAGAAGAAGUACCAGCCCAAACCCGCUGUGGCCCACACAGCAGAGCGCGAACAGGUGAUUAAGCUGGGCACCACUGACUACGACGACUUCCGGAGUUUCAUCCAUGCCGUGCAGGACUGUCUCAUGGAUCUGCCCGUGUCGUCCAUGGACUUGAGCACCGUGGGCUUGAACUAUCUUGAAGAAGAGAUCACAGUGGAUGUCAGAGAUGAAUUCUCUGGCCUUGUGAGCAAGGGCGAUAACCAGAUUCUCCAGCACCAGGUCUUGACUCGGAUCCACAUUCUGAGUUUUCUCUCUGGGCUCGCAGAGUGUCGCUUGGGGCUCAAUGAUGUCCUCAUCAAGGGCAACGAAGUUGUCUCCCGGCAAGACAUCAUGCCGACCACCACCACCAAGUGGAUCAAGCUCCGCGAGUGCCGUUUCCAUGAAUGUGUGGAUGAGGGUGUAUUCAGCAGUGCACGGGUUAUUCUGUUCAACCCUUUGGAUGCGUGCCGGUUUGAGCUAAUGCGGUUCAGGACUGUCUUUGCCGAGAAGACCUUGCCUUUCACACUCAGGACGGCAGCAAGCAUCAAUGGGGCCGAGGUGGAGGUGCAGAGCUGGCUUAGGAUGUCCACCGGCUUCUCCUCGAACCGUGACCCUCUCACUCAGGUUCCCUGCGAGAACGUGAUGGUCCGCUACCCUGUGCCCAGUGAGUGGGUGAAAAAUUUCCGCAGGGAAAGUGUCUUGGGGGAAAAGUCUUUGAAAGCCAAAGUGAACCGGGGGGCAAGUUUUGGCUCAACGAGUGUGUCUGGUUCUGAGCCUGUUAUGCGAGUAACUCUGGGAACUGCCAAGUAUGAGCAUGCUUUCAACUCCAUUGUGUGGAGGAUAAGCCGAUUGCCUGACAAAAACUCAGCAUCUGGUCACCCACACUGUUUCUUCUGCCACCUUGAACUUGGCUCUGACCGGGAAGUGCCUUCCAGAUUUGCCAGUCACGUCGAUGUCGAGUUCAGCAUGCCCACAACCUCAGCCUCCAAAGCCGCCAUCCGAUCCAUCUCUGUGGAAGACAAGACCGAUGUCAGGAAGUGGGUCAAUUACUCCGCACACUACAGCUACAAGGUGGAAAUUGAGCAAAAAAGGAGUUUGAAGCCCGACUUUGAAGGAGAUGAGAUGGAAAAUCUCAAGGAGUGUGGGAUCCAGUGAUGAAGUUCAACUGCAGGCAACCCUGACCCCAGAAGAGUGACAGGAUCACUGGCUGAAUGACUGAUGUUCCAGUCAGCACCUCCGGGCGGCUUCAAUGUUAGGAGCAGGGGAUCAGAUCUCCCCAGAGUUGCCUGUAUCACAGGAAACCGGAGGUGGCCUUUGAAAAGGCUGGUUGGCUCCUUGAUGCCUGAAUCUCAAGGCUCACCUGACUUUUGGAGCUUCUUGUAUAUUGACGCCUCCUUGUCGCAGCCCUGCUAGCCCAGCACUGCUGUGUGCUUUGUGGUACCUGGUAGGGUCAAGAGAUGAACUUCCCACAUCAGUGUUUGGCAUAAUUUCCUUCUGAUGUUCAUUGUCCCAUACAAGAGUUUCUGGAAAACAGCCUUAACAAGAAUCUCUGUCUGUCACUGGCUCUAGAAAGACUCAGCAUAGGUGCAAAAGAAAUUCCUCAUUUGGUUCCAUCAUCCUUCUGUAGAUGUCUUCAUUCUUUAAUGGAAACUCUGUGCAACCAUCUUGCAGGCAGCGCGCGUUCUGGAGUGUCUGGGUUGAAACACACUUGCCAUCUUUCUAAGGUUCAGCCCCGGGCUUGCCCUCUGGGUCAUGAUCACUGUUGCUGUUAGGUGCCAUCGAGUCAGUAACAACUCACAGCGACCCUGCGGACGACAGAAUGAGGCUGCCCAGUUCUCCGCAUCCUCACCAGUGGUGUGUGGAGCCCACUGUUGCAGUUACUGUGUCAGUCCAUCUCAUUGAGGGUCUUCCUCUUUUUUGAUAACUCUUUACC